UGAAUCUAGUCGGGUCGGGACGGGAUUCAGUACGUCGAGAUAACUUUUAUGUUUUGGCGCGCGGAAAUGCUGACACCGGCAUUUUCUAUCAGCUCGUGAUCCGAAUCAUCGAAUGCGAUUGGCAACAUUAAAAUAUUGUAUAUGGUUGUGGUUAACAGCUCUCAGAGGAAGGCGACUCACCGUUGGUUGGUUCGCAGUAAGUAAAUAUACCAAAGCGGAAUCGUUCAAGUGGGCGUUAUGCACUGCGAACUGGAGGUAACGCGAAAAACGGAACUUUUGCAACAUUUCCAGUGUGGAAUUUGCUUGGAAAGUGUGCAUGAGGCUCGGCUCUGUCCUGACUGUUCGAAGCUGUUUUGUCAUCAGUGCAUUCGCGCCUGGAUCGAUAAAGGCGCCAAAAGUUGUCCCAACUGUCGAACGGAAGUGUCCACAGAUUCGUGGGUAAAAGGCUACUCAAUCAACCAGAUCCAGGAGUCUAUGCGAAAACUGUUCGCAAGCAUGGAGGAAGGAAUGUUUUGCAAGGACCACAUAAACCAGCAGCUUUCGUUGUUUUGCUAUCUCUGCGAGGUCAACAUUUGUGUGAAGUGCUGGUUCUCGGAAGAGCAUGCGGAACAUAAGGAGCGUACAGUUCCAAUAGAAGAAGCUUUUGAAUACUAUCAGCAAAAUUUAAAAGCAUCCCUGCGCUGGGCCACCAAACGGGAGAAAGUACUUAACGAUAUAUUGGAUGAGAUAGCGGCAAAUCAGAACAAACUCAAUGACGAACGAAACAGGGUUGCGGAACUUUGCGAUAAGUCGAAAACCUUAGUAGCCGAUCAAUCACACCCAGUGAAACUGAUGCAGAUUAUCCAGACGGGUCGAGCUAUAGUUCAGUUGCAUACCGACCUACAAGAUGAAACUAAAGCAUUGCGUUUUGACCGUCGAAAGUAUUUCGUUCCGAAGCCGACUGCAUUGGUGUUUCGUAUAGAGAACAUCCCUGAAGUUGUGUUGAAGUACGUGAAACGUGAAGUAUCCCUGGAAGACCCGUAUGGGUGUGAGUGGAAAUGCAAUGUCUUCAGGGAAACGUGUGUGGGCACCAUACUGAUCGUAGAACUUUGUCUAGUCAAAGGAAAAACUAGCGAAUACUCUGUUCUCUUCGGCGAGGAGCAGGAAGCAAUUUAUCAUUUCGGUAAAGAGGCGGUUCGGAUUGGCACAUUCGAUCUUAAAGAUAAUAUUGACCACGAUUUUCUGGAGCUAACCAUUUCGGUGAGUCAAUCGUAUGGGGAUCGACUUGAUCAAUUGCAAGACUACAUCCGUCGAUUGGAGAUAGAAAAAGAAGAGUACAAAUCACUAAAGAAGUAUCUUGCCGAGUGGGAGACGAAGAUCACGCCCUCAUGCGUCUAAUAUGGUGCCAGUUCGAAGGCUAACAUCAUUAAGUUUGUCUUUACAGGACUAAAUAUGUGAUUGCUUUGACAACAGUAGUGACAUACGAUCGUACUCUUGAAUAUGUAAAUGUUAAGACUAACAUUGAUUUUAAGCCCAAUGAAUUGAUUCUUGCCACAUUGAAUUUAAAAUGUAUUUUAAACCACAUUGAAUUUAAAGUGUAUUAAAAACACUAAGUAAAACAA